AUGGCGCAAGCCGCCAAGCAGCUCCGCAAGACCAAGGACCUCGCCGAGGCCGCCGCCCAGGAGCAGAGGGAGAAGGAGGAGGAGAAGAUAAAAAAGAGGAAUCGAUCCCGAGACCGCAGGCGCAAGUAUAGAUCAAACUUGGCGGGAUGGGAUCUCUCUUUCCCUGCACUCCGACAAAUUGCAAAGGUUAUCCACUACAGCGCCAUCAGAGAUCAGGACUCUGACAGAGAGCGCAGUAAUUUGGUCGGGGAAUCUGCCGAGAAAAGGGCUUUUGCUAGUGAAGUCACAAAGGCCAGCGGUAGAGCCAGGGCCGACGCCGCCACCAGCUUUCUGCGUGCAGCUCGAUCCGGGAACCUGGACAAGGCCCUGGAUCACAUAAAGAAUGGAAUUGACAUCAACAUUUCUAACCAAAAUGGCCUCAAUGGGUUACACCUGGCCUCCAAAGAGGGCCACGUCAAAAUGGUCUUGGAGCUGCUACACUCGGGCAUUGAGCUUGAAGCAACGACCAAGAAAGGGAACACUGCUCUCCAUAUCGCUGCGUUGGCAGGCCAGGAGAAAGUGGUGGCUGAGCUUGUCAACUACGGUGCCAAUGUUAAUGCCCAGUCACAUAAAGGGUUCAGUCCACUCUAUAUGGCAGCACAAGAGAACCAUCUAGAGGUGGUGAAAUUCCUGCUCGAAAAUGGAGCCAAUCAAAGUCUCCCAACCGAGGACGGUUUCACACCCCUUGCAGUGGCCCUCCAGCAGGGCCAUGAAAAUGUCGUGGCGCUGCUCAUUAACUAUGGGACCAAAGGCAAGGUCCGCCUCCCCGCGCUGCACAUCGCUGCGCGGAACGACGACACGCGCACCGCCGCCGUCCUCCUGCAGAACGACCCCAACCCAGACGUACUCAGCAAGACUGGUUUCACGCCACUGCACAUUGCUGCUCACUAUGAAAACAUGAGUGUUGCCCAGCAGCUGCUGAACAGGGGAGCCAAUGUAAACUUCACCCCUAAGAAUGGUAUUACACCCCUACAUAUAGCCUCCAGGAGGGGCAAUACGAUGAUGGUCAGGCUACUGCUGGACAGAGGAGCACAGAUUGAUGCCAAAACUAAGGAUGAGCUGACUCCUCUCCACUGUGCAGCCAGAAAUGGUCAUGUUCGCAUUAUUGAGCUCCUGCUGGAACAUGGUGCUCCCAUCCAGGCCAAAACCAAGAACGGCCUGUCUCCCAUCCACAUGGCAGCUCAGGGGGAUCACAUGGACUGUGUUCGACAGCUACUGCAAUACAACGCCGAGAUUGAUGAUAUCACGCUGGACCAUCUAACCCCGCUUCAUGUAGCAGCACACUGCGGUCACCAUCGUAUGGCCAAAGUUUUACUGGAUAAGGGAGCUAAAGCCAACGCUCGUGCUUUGAAUGGCUUCACACCUCUUCACAUUGCCUGCAAGAAGAACCACAUGCGGUCAAUGGACCUGCUGCUAAAGCACUCCGCUUCCUUAGAAGCUGUAACAGAGUCUGGUCUCACUCCUCUUCAUGUAGCAUCGUUCAUGGGCCAUUUGAACAUAGUGAAAAACCUUCUCCAAAGAGGGGCUUCACCCAAUGCUUCCAAUGUGAAAGUGGAGACUCCCCUCCAUAUGGCCUCCAGAGCAGGACACUGUGAAGUUGCUCAGUUCCUUCUUCAGAACGCAGCCCAGGUGGAUGCCAAGGCUAAGGAUGACCAGACACCACUACACUGUGCGGCUCGAAUGGGCCACAAGGAGCUGGUGAAGCUGCUCCUGGAGCACAAGGCUAGCCCUGACUCAGCCACCACUGCAGGUCACACGCCCUUACACAUUGCUGCACGCGAGGGGCAUGCCCACACCAUUCGAAUCCUUUUGGACGCUGGAGCACAGCAGGUCAAGAUGACAAAGCAGAAAGGUUUUACUCCCCUCCAUGUGGCCUCUAAAUAUGGAAAGGUGGAUGUGGCAGAGCUCCUUCUGGAGAGAGGAGCCAACCCUAAUGCAGCAGGGAAGAACGGUCUGACACCCCUUCAUGUGGCCGUCCAUCACAACAACCUGGAUGUUGUUAAACUCCUGGUCAGCAAGGGAGGAUCUGCACACAGCACUGCCCGAAACGGUUACACCGCCCUGCACAUAGCGGCCAAGCAGAACCAGAUGGAGGUGGCCAGUUGUCUCCUGCAGAAUGGAGCGUCGCCCAACUCCGAAUCCCUGCAGGGCAUCACGCCCCUACACCUGGCCUCACAGGAGGGAAGGCCCGACAUGGCCGCCCUACUCAUCUCCAAACAGGCCAAUGUGAAUCUGGGAAACAAGAACGGGCUGACACCUCUGCAUCUUGUAGCUCAGGAGGGGCACGUGGGCAUUGCUGACAUGCUGGUUAAACAGGGUGCCUCUGUUUAUGCUGCUUCAAGGAUGGGCUACACACCCCUUCACGUGGCCUGUCACUAUGGCAACAUCAAGAUGGUGAAGUUCCUCCUGCAGCAGCAGGCUCACGUGAACGCCAAGACGAGGAUGGGCUACACCCCCCUGCACCAGGCAGCACAGCAGGGCCACACAGACAUCGUCACCCUGUUGCUGAAACAUGGAGCACAACCAAACGAAAUCACUUCGAAUGGGACAUCUCCCCUGGGUAUUGCUAAGCGCCUGGGUUACAUCUCUGUCAUAGAUGUGCUGAAGCUGGUUACCGAGGAGUCUGUUUCCACGAUUACCACGGAGAAACAUCGGAUGAGCUUUCCAGAGACGGUAGAUGAGAUUUUGGAUGUUUCCGAAGAUGAAGGAGAUGAGUUGCUCGGGAUGGACGGAGCACGCUAUUUGAAACUCGACGACUUCAAAGACCAAGACGAUGACUUUCUGUCCCCAAAGAAGACCCUCAGGGAAUUUGAGGGUGGUGUGGGCACAACGCCCUACUCUCCUGCUAUUCCCCGGAUCCCCUGUGUCUCACCAGAGACAGUUCAGCUGGACCAGCACACCCCCAUCCCUUUGCCAAAAGAGUAUGACGAAGACUCACUCAUUCCGAGCAGUCCAGCUACGGAGACUUCAGAUAAUGUCAGCCCUGUGGCCAGCCCCAUCCACACAGGCUUCCUGGUGAGUUUCAUGGUGGACGCCCGCGGGGGGUCCAUGCGAGGCAGCAGGCAUCACGGCCUGCGGGUGAUCAUCCCGCCACGGACCUGCGCGGCGCCCACACGCAUCACGUGCCGCCUCGUCAAACCCCAGAAACUGACCACGCCCCCGCCGCUGGUGGAGGGGGAGGGGCUCGCCAGCCGGAUCAUCUCCCUGGGGCCCUCCAGCAUGCAGUUCCUGGGACCUGUGAUUGUGGAAAUCCCUCACUUUGCUUCACUGGGCCGAGGGGAUCGAGAGCUUGUGGUUCUUCGCAGUGAAAACGGCUCCGUUUGGAAGGAGCAUCGUAAUCGCUAUGGCGACGAAGUGCUGGAAACCAUCCUGAAUGGCAUGGAUGAAGACCUUGAGAGUCUGGAGGAGCUGGACAAGAAGAGAAUCCGUCGUAUCAUCUCCACUGACUUCCCCCUCUACUUCGCCGUGGUCUCUCGCAUUCAACAGGAGAGUGACCUCAUCGGCCCGGAGGGAGGCCGGCUGACCAGUAAGCUGGUCCCCCACGUGGAGGCCAUCUUCCCUGAGACCGCAGUUACCAAGAGAGUGAGACUUGGGCUGCAGGCACAACCGAUCCCUGACGAACUGCUGACUAGGCAGCUUGGCAACCAGGCAACCUUCAGCCCAGUUGUUACCAUCGAGCCGCGGCGACGGAAAUUCCAUCGUCCGAUUGGACUGCGCAUUCCUUUACCACCGUCCUGGAGGGAGAGUCCGCGGGAUGCUGGCGAGGGAGAUACCACCAGCCUGCGCCUCCUCUGUAGCGUCAUAGGUGGAACAGCACCAGCUCAGUGGGAGGACAUUACUGGAACUACUAAACUGAUGUAUGCCCACAACUGUGCCAGUUUUACCACCAAUGUGUCUGCAAGGUUUUGGCUGGCAGACUGCCCGCGAACAGCAGAGGCGGUGACCUUUGCCAACCUGCUGUACAGGGAGCUCAUGGCCGUCCCAUAUAUGGCCAAGUUUGUUAUUUUCGCAAAGAUGAAUGAAGCACGGGAAGGCCGCUUACGUUGUUAUUGCAUGACAGAUGACAAAAUGGACAAAACUCUGGAACUGCAUGAAAACUUCACUGAAGUGGCACGCAGUAGGGAUAUUGAGCUCAUGGAAGGCAUGCCGCUGCACCUGGAGUGUUCAGGGAACCUGGUUCCCAUCAGGAAGGCCACGCAGCAGCCUCGUAGCUUCAGCUUCCAGGCCUUCAGAGAUAACAGGCUGCCCGUCUCUGUGAAGGUCCGAGAUAGCAACAAGGACGCCACUGGGUUUUUGUCUUUUCUGCGGAAGUGCACCAAGUAUGAGGACUCGCAGCACGUACUGUGUAACCUUAACAUAACCAUGCCACCUUGUGUCAAGGUUGUUGGCAGUGAAGAGCGCAGGCGAACUUUAACCCCUCUGGCCCUGAGGGAGCGCUACAGUGCACUCAACGAGCCCGGCGUGGCAACAGUGAAUGCCAUGGAGAGGGCUGAGAUCAAAAUCAACCUUAUAUCUGAGCAGCUGGGGUUGAGUUGGGCAGAAUUGGCCCGAGAGCUUCAGUUUGGUGUUGAUGACAUCAACAGAAUCCGUGUGGAGAAUCCCAACUCCCUGCUGGACCAGAGCUCCGCCCUGCUCAGCCUGUGGGUCAGUAGAGAGGGGAGAAGGGCCAAAAUGGAGAGCUUGUAUGCGGCUCUGAAGAGCAUUGACCGUGCGGACAUUGUGACCUCGUUGGAGGGCCAGGCCCAGCAGCCCGGACCGGGGUCUUCAGAAGAGGGCGCGUGUCGUCUCGGCGACCGCGACUCUUCCUUUCUGUCCCCGAGCGUCAUUAAUGGUUAUGGGCUGGUGCAGGAGGAGCUUCUCUCUCCAGCCUCCAUGCAGUACAGCCUGCCGUCCCCUUUGGGUGUGGAGCCCUACUGGCAGGAAGUGUCCAGUCUGGAGUGCGCUCCCAUUGCCACCACAGAAGAAGACACUUUAAUGGAGAUGUCGGAUGUGCAGGUGUGGCCGGCGGGGGUUAGUCCCUCUCUAGUCACGGUUGAGGACUCCUCGCUGGAGGGCAGCAGUCGGGCCGAUGAUUCGGAGGGCGCCACGCUCUCCCUGCCCUGCAGCUUAGGUCGUCCAAGCAGUGGAGCCAGCGGGGCCAGCGGGUCCAUCAUGGAGCUGGAGGAAGAAGAGGAGGAGGAGGAGGAGGAAGGGGAGGUUGAGGAGGAGGAGGAGGCACCACAGGAACCGGCAAGCGUACUGUCAGACAGGGACAGGGUGAGGGCCAGUGGCGCUGUACCCAAGCUCAAUCUAAAUGGGCAGCUGGGAGGUCAGAGGUCGGACGCGAGGAGAGGGGAGGCCAUAGCGAUGGGAGGAGGAGCGAGAGGCGGAGGCGGAGGUCUUGCGCUGAGUUCAGUGGAAGGGAUUUCUCUUGUUGCAGGCCAGCAGAUGUACGCCCAGCGGAGCGAGCUGAUGGGCCUGAGUCGCUCCUCAGAACACAACGGAGACAACCGGAUGGUAGGAGGUGGAGCAUUUCAGCCUUACCUACCAGACAAGGACUCUCUGCAGGGCUGGGUGGGCUCGGUGUCAUCCGGGCGGGAUGGCGGCGUUCCGGGCCUGCUGGUGGCCCAGGAGGCCCUGCUGACCCCGAGAGAAGAGAAACAGGACUAUUCAGCUGAGGUGCAGUUUGUUGAGGAACACGGACCUUCUCUCGCAAGAAAGGACAGAAAAGCCACUGCCAAACCGUCCACCACAAAAACACGAUCAGACCGGAGAGGAAAAUGAACAGAGGGGAAGGGAAGACAAGGACAAACACGACAAACAAAACUAUCUGUGACCUAUAACCGUGGCGCGACACAAAACAAAACAAAAGAAGAUGAGGAAAAGAGCGGAGUUCAACUUGUAGUUUUAUAACAUUUGUAAAGAUAUCAACCAAACGACGGCAUGAAGAUUUCUCUUUUUAUAAUAAAAAACAAAAAAACAACAGAAAUGUUAGAAAACGACUAAGAAAAAAAAAAAGCAACAAAGUGCUUCCUGUGAACUGUAAUCGCAUGAUGACUGCUGGUGCAUGCCCUUUGACCUUUUGAACUGUCAUUAUCUACAAACGGAAGGGGGUGCGAGGUAUGGGUCGCAGGCCUUUUUAAAGGACCUCUUCUCCCCGACUGGAGUGGUUUGUAUCAGCAAGUAGAGUCCAAUAACACUACAGCCAAAAAAGAAAGUCCCUCGAAGGAUGGUUGUGUAAAACAGCGAGGCUUCUGCUGAGCCCACGACGCUUCUUUCACUAGACCCCCGCCCCCCUAUUAUUCCCAAUGUGAUAUAUGCACUCUAUGCUACGUGGACCUGUGUCGGUGUGUGUGUAUGUGUGCGUAUGCGUGUUAGUACUCUACCGCAUGUGUAUCUUGCUUCUAGCUUGGCACAGAGCCCUGCCCCUCGAUUGGCUUGUUGUCUCUCCGUGAUGUCACAGCGCGCUCAGCGCAGGAAUGAGAAAGCAGCGUCCGCUCCUCUGCCCGUGAGUUCUUGUCUGCGUGCGCUGGCCUUUGUCUGUGGGGUUUGUUUUGCUUUUUUUUUUUCUCUUCGUGGGCGAGCUCGCUUCUCGUCAUUUGUUCCUUUGGAGCCGGCAUUGCUCGACUUCGGCAGAGAAGUGAACCUCCGUCAGCAUUGAUGUUUUCCAGGGGAGACGCGUUCUCCAGACAACAGGAAUGUUUCCUUUUUAGAAAAAGGCUUGGUUGCUCGAUUGCAUUGCGCGGCAACAAUUGACACAAAGCUCUACUUUUUCCCUCCCCUGGGAUCGCCAGUACCCUUGAUUUUUUUUUAUUUUUUAAAUCUAGUAGCAUAUAACAUCUGGAGCCACCAUGUUUCUCAGUAGCUCUUGUCUAUAUGCAGUAAAAUAACAGGUUUCGCUCUUAAGUUUAAAACUUAUAUGCUCCCUCUUUCUCAUUGGUCCCAACAGCUCACUGUCAGAUUGUAGUCAAUCCACUCAUCAGAAGGGAAGCAGAGAACAAACCGAGGAUCUGAUUGGUACAAGGAUUUUCUAGCCAGUGUUAAUUGGCGCCAUGCUCCAGCAGCUGCAGCAUGGGAUGUUGAGCAGAACUGUGAGGCAAAGGCAGACAGGUAGCACUGUGAUUGUCCUAUUAACACUGACCCCAGACUCGUGAACUGUCUAGACAAACAUUCACAUAUAGUCCGAGCAAAAGCACACUCACACACACACACACACACACGCAGAGAAACAGAAAUGAGGAACCGUCUCCUGGUCCGGCUGUCAGAUAGUUUUUUGCCUCAGCAAUAAUAAAUAUUAAGAAGAGGAGAUGGAAGACUUUGAUUGUCUGAGAAUGAGAAAAAGAAAGUUGGGAUAAAAGUUAGCUCUUCAAACGGAGACUCUUGUCUGAGUUUGGCGUGGAAGCUGCGAGCUGCGCGGGGGGGCAUGAGUGGUCCCGUCUACCUUGAGGUGAAUGAGUCAGAAAGGACAAACUUCUGCAGGAUCAGAUGACUCAGCCGUAGCAUUCCGGGAAUGCGGAAGACCGGGGAGAGGGUGCGCUUGCUUUUCAUCACCGUUCAUUUCUAUUGCUGUUAUUCUUGUUUCUCAGCACAAAACGUAGCAAAAUAUAAAGCAGGACGUCUUUGGUGGAAAUUCUAACAUCCGUUGAGAAGUUGGCUUCAUCCCUGAGGUGGAAUUUUUUCUGAGUUUUCACAGCUGUUGUCAUGUAUUUCCAAUGCAGUCGUGCGUAACUGUAAUUCACCUUUCAUCCAACACUUUAUGCAGAAAAACCUAAUGGCAGCACUAUGUAGAGGUUGUAUUAUAGUAGCACAUAUUUCCUGAAAAUCCAAACCGACUAUCUAUCCCAUACAGUAAGUACUGUAAAUAGCACUGUAGCCUGAGCGAGUGCAGCACUGAGUGAAUGGACACGUUAGUUAUUUGUCACACUGGUUCACGUUUUUCACGGCCUGCGCGUGCACGAGACCGCCGCCUGAUAAUAGCACAUGUUUUUUAACAUAUCACAUUCUCCACUCAGGUUUUUUCUUUUCUGCCUCGUCAGAAAUAAAACGUUUUUCACUUCUCAGUUAUCCUCUGGAAGACUAUGGUGGGACACGCCCCGAGUGUUUCAGAAGAGGGCGUUGCGACUGGGGGAUGUAGGGUGGGACGGGGGUCACAUCCAGGUUUUGAGGUGAUGUAUGAAACAGGAUGUUUUGUGUUGAAUUUGUAGUUGUGAGAAUGUGUGUGUUCGUGUGUCAUUUCUUCGGUUCAGAUAGAACAAAAAGGACAGAGUGCUGGUGAGUCCAAAAACUGCCCCCCGUUUGGUGCUAGGACACACACCUCUCUAAACAUUUAUCCUGAUUCUUGGUGUCGACCAAUCAGGAUUCCGUGAAGCACAGAUUUGACCUUUUCAUACUAGCUGCGUUCAAUUUCACUGAAUCAGAAACGGUUUAUUGUGUGUUAGUUUUUACUUUUCAGGCAAAUUACAUCAUUUCUCCUAAUCAGCAGGAAGUCAGACUUUGACUCUAAACUCUAAACAAAAGAGAAAACAAGGAACGCACUCUUUAUUUACUUAACAUUUACUGUUCUUUUUUUUUUUUAGAUACAGUGGAUUUAACUCAACUCAUUCUCUGUCCUUAAAGUCAGUGAACCGUAUCAGCACAAAAUCCAGUUUUGAAUUUAUAAUCCUCCAAUAAAACUGGCCAUUUUGAUGCUUUUUUUAUGAUAAGCCAGCAGCCGUCCCACAGAUGUCCCUUUUCUUUCAUCUGAAAUACAGAUUUUUUUUUCUUUUCAUUGAAUGUGAUGCAUCAACAUUGUGCAUUUACCGGAAUACCAACGUCAUUCCUGUGUUUAUUAUGUCACUGAAUCAGUCUCAUUCAGACAAUCAUCUUUGGAGAAUGAGAACAUCCCUGGGUGCCUGUCAAAAAUGGAGAAGGAUUGAUAGUUAUUGUUAAAGGGGAUUUAGAAGUGACUACAGUAGUGACUUCGAUAGUCAUUUUAAUUCCAUUUGCAGGCGAUAUGGUUGAAUUUGUGUCCAGAGAUCCUGGGGCAACCAUAGUUAAUCUAUUUAUCUUUGCUUCCUUGUUAUGAUUAUUAUCAUUAUUUCACACUCUCCCACAACUCUGAAUUGAUUAAAUGUGCGUAGAAAAUUAUUGGAUGGAUUUAAUUUAAAUCUGAAUUCAAUCUGGAUUUAUUAAUCCUAAAUAAGGUUGAGCUGGUCCUCUGAAAAAGGCCUUCAAACAUAUAAAACACCGAGUUGGACAGACAUUGUUGUAACUUGUGAAACUCAGAUGUUCUUACCAUCAUUUCAGUCCAGUUCUGCCAAAUCAACCAGAACUAAUAUCUUCAUUCAUUCAUCCAUACAUACUUUAUCCUAUGUAAGGUAGCAGGAGAAGGUUAGGACAAACCACGUCCUGGACAGGUCACUAGUCUCUUACAGGGAUUGCUACGAUCUAAAUUACCAUUACUUUUACUUAACUCAAUUCUCUCCUCACUUAUUUAUGUCUUGUAUUUUGCUUAUUUUUGUUCAAUAUAAUCAUUUACUCCCAGUGACUAUUUAAUAAACUAUGGGUUCAGAUUUCCAUCUAAGGUAAAGUAGUCGGUGAGAUCCUGAGCACUCUGGUAAACUCACAUUCAUCAUGUUUAGGUGUUCCUAUGGAAGUCUGUGUGUGUGUCUCUGUGUGUGUGUGUGUGUGACGAUGUGAGACAAUGCUUGGUUUAAAACCAUCUAGGAUCAAAGCGGGAAGACGAGAGAACAUUUUUACCAGGCAUGAGACUAAAGAGGAUGUGUAACCAACAAUGGUGUAAUGAGUGUUGUACAAAUUUAACUGUCGCAAAGAAUAAAGAUCACCUAUACUCCUUUAGAAUGGAUACAUGACGAUGUAAACGCAAUAUCAUAUUACUCUAUCCUAAGGAAUGCAACUGCACACAUGCACAAAAAAAGAUGUUUUUAUGAAAAGAUGUGUAUAAAUAUAUGACAAAAUAUAUUUAAUUAAUUAGAAUGCUAUGCACCCUCAUAGUCGUUAUGGAUGUUCUUUAAGCAUUAUAUAGACUAGGCCAACACCCACAUCAUGGGGAAUGUAGAGGCUUUGUAGCUAUGACCAUUUGUUUUCUUUUCUUUUGUAUUAUCCCGGAGAGAGGAUAAACAAACGUGAAUAUGUAUACAAGCCUUUUGAUCAGAAUCAGUCUGACAUGAAGAUAUGUAUAGAUCAUCUUACCCUGUACACCAGCUCUUACCAUUUACAAGAGUUAAUAAACAAAGACGUGACAUAAAGUUUGUGGC